AUUAAAUCCCAGUAUUUCCUCGUGCUCAGGAUGGUCCUUUCCAUCACCUUUCUCCUCUGCCCUUUUUUCUUUUCCAUCACGGACUGUGACAACCUCGGACGGUAUCAAAAGUUGAUCAGCCAAACAAAACACAACAGAAAAACACGAAAUGAAGUCUUUUAUUCCUGCCAUUUUUAUGGGCCUGGCCAGCCUGGUCGCGGCCGACACAACACCAACAGACACCUCCAUCCCGACGUCAACAGAUGCGUCGUCCUUCCUCUCGGACGUGUUUGAAGGCGAGGCAACACCCACAUGGGUAACGGGAAAAUACGCGACAACAUUGGCCUCGGCCCUCUACAGUGCUGAGACGUCAUUCGCAAUGCGCUCCGACUACCAAGAUAUCGUUAAUGCCAUCUGGUCGGCCGCAGAGAAGGACGGUGGAUCCAGCGUCGUCGAGUCCCUCAGUGCCUCGUACUGGAACUGGGGAGCCGUCACCACGAAUGACUGGUUUACCAAAAACGUUCCCGGUUCGCUUCAGACUGCUGUGGCCCAGUACGACGAUGCGUGGGAGAGCGUGAUGACCAGCGUUGAGGCCAAGGCCACCGCCACACAGAAUGCGGCUCCGGCGCGCUGCACGGGGAUGGCUGUUGCCGGUGUCGCCGCGCUGGGCAUUGCUGCCGUGGCUGGGGCUAUUUGAAGGCCUCCCGAGUUGGAUUGGAGGAUGGCCGUCGUCGUCACAAGUCUCUGUUCCCCACUAAUUUGGGAAAUGAUCCUUGGGGUUUGGAGUCCGGGGAACUUUUUGGGCCUUGACGAUGAUGGAUCAAGUUCGAUUGUGCGUCUGGGCAUGAAUGGGCUCUUUUGUUUCUGUCCCUUACAUUGUUCUGCUUCUCUUUAUACCAGCAUGCUCAGUCACUACAGAUGUAAAUCUCGGAGCCUAGUUACUGCCAUGCAUAUAAUUUUGAAUGUGAAGUGGCCGAGAGGUUAAUUGUCCUUCCUCACCCACACUCAAUAUUAGCACUGAACACGUUUUGUGCCUCAUCUUGAGGCGGCACACAUUCUUAGUCACCAGUAAGUCCUAAUCCUAAGGUCAUCAUAGAUGGUUUCAAACAGCAUCCAUUCAGUUUACCCCAAUGCUUUUAAAAGAAAAGUUUUUUUUUAAAAAAAGUUCUGAAUGGUCCCACAGGGUGAUAAAGGCCAUCCGAUCCAGACUACCAUAUAUGUAGUGUGC